AGCAGAGGUACUGGCUGCAUAGUACAGACUCAGCCCAGACUGACGUCACCCACCCUCAAGCAGCAGCAGCAGGACCAGAAGUGAUUGAAUGCACACAACAGACGGGCAGCCUCUCAUCUCAUUGCCUCCAAACCACUGCUAAUGCAAGAUAGGAACACGAGCGAAAGAGGCCGCUCACACACUUCAUCCCUGCUGCUGCUUAUGUGAUCGGUGUGCUAAGAAAACAAUCAAAGGAUCUGAUGGUGCAUGUAAGGAUUAAGAGAUGCGAAAGAGGAAUUACUAGCCGCUCCGUACUGCUUUACUGUUUGGCAGGAUUGUGAUGGCAAAGAAGGGUGUUGCCAUCAUCUUUUAAAAUCAGCUACAGAAGUCACAUGUACCAGGUUCCCGAGUCUCAGCACUGGUUUAUUUAUUUUUUAUUUUUUUAGAGUGAUGCUUGCUGUUUUUCCUGAGAGAUUUGUCUGUGACAAGAAGAAAAACUGCAGGUUGCUGCAUUGACUGUGGUUUUGUUUUUUGCUUCAAGAUGGGAAUUACUUGUAGUAUUUGUAUUUCAAUCUUUUCAUGACCACACAGGACAGGACCUAUAUGCACCUAUGAUGGGAUAUUUGUAAACACUGUAUUCUCAAGACUGUAGCUGAUAAAAAGCAGUGGCUGUGGGGAACUUGAUUUGUGACAUUGGAUUACCAAAAGAAGAUCGAAAGCGGUUAUUUUCAUAUAUUCACAGACCUGAACAGUGCAAGAUUUUCUGAUGGUCAGGCAGGCUAUACUUAUCUCAUGGUUUGAUUUUGUCACUGAGCUAAGGAAAUAUAAGAUCAUUGCAGGCAAGAUUGCUACAGGAGAUCAGUGUUUCCUGUUGAUGCCACCUAGGGGCGCUAUAUCAUUCUCUCCGUUGCUUACCCUUGAGAUCAGGUGCAUAGAAAAACAAGCGGGGAUUUUGAUCUUCACUGCUGUUUAAUAUUCCUAAUUCACUGGACAAGCAUAAGUACAAGUAUUUCACUGCUUUCUGCUGUUACUAAAGCCUGUGUACACAUAUAUUUUCUUGUAAAAAUCCAUGUGUUUACUUACCUACACAUUCAUUGUGAUCUUUUUCAUUGAUUACAACUGAGUCAGACCUCUCAGGUAUAUAAGGAUAAUUAAACAUAAGGAUAAGGGAACCAUAUCUAAUAUACAAAAUGACUCACUUGCAGGCUGGAUUGUCGCCUGAGACAUUAGAGAAAGCUCGGUUGGAGCUAAAUGAAAAUCCAGACACCUUACACCAAGAUAUCCAGGAGGUAAGGGACAUGGUUAUUACACGACCAGAUAUAGGUUUUCUCAGGACUGAUGAUGCCUUCAUCUUGAGGUUUCUAAGGGCAAGAAAGUUUAACCACUUUGAAGCUUUCCGUCUACUGGCCCAAUAUUUUGAAUACCGCCAACAAAAUCUGGAUAUGUUCAAAAACUUCAAGGCCACAGAUCCUGGAAUUAAACAGGGACUCAAAGAUGGCUUUCCUGGGGUACUGUCAAAUCUUGAUCAUUUUGGUCGAAAGAUCCUAGUACUGUUUGCUGCCAACUGGGACCAAAGCAGGUAUACACUUGUGGAUAUUCUGCGUGCAAUACUUCUCUCUUUAGAAGCUAUGAUAGAAGAUCCAGAACUUCAAGUGAACGGGUUUGUUUUGAUAAUAGAUUGGAGCAACUUCACUUUCAAGCAGGCAUCCAAGCUUACCCCAAGCAUGCUAAGACUAGCAAUAGAAGGUCUGCAGGAUAGCUUUCCUGCCCGUUUUGGAGGAAUCCAUUUUGUCAAUCAACCCUGGUAUAUCCAUGCCUUGUAUACCGUCAUACGUCCAUUCUUGAAAGAAAAGACACGGAAAAGGAUAUUUUUGCAUGGGAAUAAUCUCAAUAGCCUGCACCAACUGAUUCACCCAGAAAUCUUACCCUCUGAAUUUGGUGGGAUGCUGCCACCAUAUGAUAUGGGAACAUGGGCAAGAACGCUACUGGACCAUGAAUAUGAUGACGAGAGUGAAUAUAAUGUAGACUCAUAUACUAUGCCAAUGAAAGAUGUGGAAAAAGACUUAUCUCCCAAAGCUAUGAAGAGGUCCCAGUCUGUAGUGGAUCCUGGGGUGUUGAAACACAAUGAUAAAAAUGAAGAGGAAAACUUGCAGCCGUUACUGUCACUUGAUUAGCAUCUUCCCGGCAAUGUUCUUUCAAGCAAUGAAAAUGAGGAUUCAUGUUCCGGGAAUAACUAAACACUUUACAGGAAUGUACCAACUGGAUAUUUAUUGUAUAUGUUAUCUUUGCAAAAUGUAACUAGACACAGAGUCUCUCUGCUUUGCAGUGUUGAGAUUCUAACAAAAGAUUAAUGCAUUUAAUCUAGUCAAGUGCCAACUUGUUUGUAAAUAGAGUCCAAUGUAAUCUUCCUCUUUAGAUUUGUAAGUGAUUAAAUAGAUCACUUGUGUGAAAAAAUGUGUAAAUGCCAACUUACAUUUAAAAAUUGUGCACUGUAAAAAAAUAAAAUAAAGACACAAACGUAUAUAUAUAUAUAUUCAAGGUAGGCCCCAUGCUUUUAUAUAAAGCCAUAUAUAGCAGCUACCACACUGCUUUUUACUAGAAAAAAAUGAAGAAUGAAAUAUCAGUAUGGUUGCAUUAUCAAGUAAAAAAAGUGACUUUUCUUUUUUGCAAAACUAAGUAUCAAUUUUGAGUCGGAAGUUUCUUCUGCUUGGUAAGAUUGAACAUAGCAGAACAAAUACUAUCUGUACUGUGCCAAAUUGGUUUCUUAUUGGAAUUUGUGAUGCUAGUUAUCCAGUCUUAUUACAGUACCAGUGAGAAAUGUUAUAGAGUGGAAAAAACAGUGCCAAAAAAUGAAAAAUUGGUUGUGCUGAAAAUUUGUUUUUAAAACAUAAUGUUUUCCGAAGCUUGGCAGAUCCAAUCAAACAGAGUUACAUAAAUGUAAAACUAUAAACCUGUAUUAUUGUCUUAAAUUUUGUACAUUGAGUACUACGGGUCGGUGUGUACCAAACACCAAGUGCAAACGUGUCAUUAACUGAAAGCAGUGGACGUUGAGCUAUGCUAUUAUGUAUUCUGUUUUCACAUCUGUAUUUUCCAAGACCAUCUUUUAUUUACAGCAUCCACAUUCUAUAGGAAUAGUAAAGCGAUACAAAAAAAAAAAAAAACAUUACAUCUACCAUACAUCUACAACAAAAUCAUAAAAAUAUUAGACUUGGAGAUUUGUGUCAUUACAAACUGCAAUUUGCCUGACUUUUGGCCAAUCGUUAUAGCCGAAUCAUGAACCAAAAGAAAUUUACAAUGGCCAAGCAUGUUUGUUUUGUGAUUCCUAAUUCCUCCUGUUCACCAGAAAAAGAGAUGAUUAAUGGUAGAAAAGAUGAUUGAAAGCUAGGACACAGUCACUAAAUGUUGAUUUUAUUCACAGAACAAGAAAUAAAAAAAUAAUAGAGAGA